AUGGUUCUUGGUGACUUCAAUGACAUUCUUGCUAAGGAGGAUAGGAUAGGCAAGAGAGUGAAAUAUUCUAACAACAGUGACUUACUGACCUGUGUGAACACUUGUCAUCUGGAAGAUAUUAAGUAUAAUGGCAACUAUUAUACCUGGAACAAUAGGCAACAGGGGGAUGACAAAAUCUGUUCCAAAAUUGACAGGGCGCUGGCAAAAAAUGCAUGGCUUAAUUGCUUUCCUAAUGCUGAAGUCUACUUCCCCUUAGAGGGAAAUUAUUACCACUCCCCAGCAAUCCUCUCUGCAGUUCCUGACAUGAUCAAUGGUAAGAAGCCUUUUAGAUACUUUAGGAUGUGGAAGUAUCCUAAUUUUAAAGAGAUCAUCAAGGAUAGUUGGUACAAGCAUGUGGCUGGGUUUAACAACUUACAAGAUGAAGAUAAUGCAGCCAAGAAAACUCUCGAAGCUUGUCAACAUGAUCUGAACAGAGACCCCCUCAACCAUAAUGCUAUUAAAAAAGAGAAGGAAGCUAGAGAGAAAGCGAUGAUGGCCCAAAAAGCUUACUGCAACUAUCUAUCUCAAAAAGCUAAACACUCGUGGAUCAAAGAGGGGAGACAGGAAUUCUGA